AUGUUGGUUUCUAUUUUUCUAUUUGUUCUUCUUUUCAUUCUUAGCUUAAUCUAUGCAUUUUACAACAUCCCCCCAACAAAGAAAUUUCUUGCAUGGAUUUUUCAACCUUUUUCUUACAAAAAGUCAGCAGAAAAACCCAGUAUAGCCACGGCGGAUAUUAACAAGGUCAAGACUGCUUCUGCAAAUAAAAUUGAGAUCAGAAGUGUUUUUGCUACUUUUGACAAGAACAAGGAUGGCUUUAUAACAAAGCAUGAGCUCAAAGAAUCACUAAAGAACAUUGGAAUUUUCGAAGGAGAAAAGCAUGUUGCUGAUAUGUUUGGUAGAGUUGAUGCUAAUGGAGAUGGUUUAAUUGAUUUUGAUGAGUUCUGUGAUCUUUUCGAGUCGAUAUCCAGUACUAAAGACGGAGAAGAAGAGGGCCAUAAAGAAGAAGAUGGAGAUGGAGAUUUGAAAGAGGCUUUCGAUGUGUUUGAUGGGAAUAAAGAUGGGCUAAUAACAGUGGACGAGUUGGGUUUGGUGUUGUCUUCUUUAGGGCUUACAGAGGGAAAGAAGUUGGAAGAAUGCAAGGAGAUGAUUAAGAAAGUUGACAUGGAUGGAGAUGGUAUGGUCAAUUUUGAGGAGUUCAAGAGAAUGAUGAAAGGGGGUGGAAGACUUUUUCCAGUUUCUUGA